GCUCUAUCGUGCUCAGAUGAUGAGCUGCUGCCCUCAGACGAUGAGUGUCCCCCCAGCCGAGAUCAGCCCACCUCCGUUUUGAGAUCAAAAGCGAUGACGGCUUCAGUGUGGAGGCAGACAGCGUAGAGGAGGCCUGGAGGGCAGUGAUAGACUGUGUCCAGGAGGCGCGGGCAGGGGCCAGGCUUCGGCAGCUGUCCUUCUCUGGGAUGACAGGUGCCCGUAUGCUGGGCCUGCUCCACGACACAGUGGUCUUCCUGGUGGAGCAGCUCCAGGGGGCCCGCCGCUGCCAUAGCCACGCCUUCCGCUUCUUUAAACAGAUCAGCCAAGAGGAGGACCUGCCUGUCAACCCCUCUGGAUGCGCCCGCUCUGAGGUCUACCUCAGGAAGUCCACCUUCGACAUGUUCAACUUCCUGGCUUCCCAGCACUGCCAGCUGCCUGACAUCAACCCCUACGAUGAGGAAGAAGAUGAAGUCCCACUCAAAUCCACAAGACGUGCCACUAGCUUGGAGCUCCCCAUGGCCAUGCGCUUCAGACAUCUGGAGAGGACAUCUAAGGAGGCUGUAGGCGUGUACAGGUCUGCUAUCCACGGCCGAGGUCUGUUCUGCAAGAGGAACAUCGAUGCUCAGGAGAUGGUCAUCGAGUAUGCCGGCAUCGUCAUUCGCUCAGUGCUCACAGACAAGCGGGAGAAGUACUACGAUGGCAAGGGUAUCGGCUGCUACAUGUUCCGUAUCGAUGACUUUGACGUGGUGGACGCCACCAUGCAUGGCAAUGCGGCGCGCUUCAUCAACCACUCGUGCGAGCCCAACUGCUACUCGCGCGUCAUCAACGUGGAGGGCCAGAAGCACAUCGUCAUCUUCGCCCUGCGCAAGAUCUCGGGCGAGGAGCUCACCUACGACUACAAGUUCCCCAUCGAAGACCCAGCAAGCAAGCUCAACUGCAACUGCGGGGCCCGGAAAUGCAGACGCUUCCUCAACUAGGGGCAGGAGGAGGACGUGGUACUGCCACAGUCUCUGCAGGGGGAACAAGGCACAAGGGAAUGGGGUGUGAGCAGAGGCAACAGGGGAAGACCGAGGUUAAAAUCCUUAAAUUAAGGUUUUACUGAGUUGGGAGGUGGGUGAAGAGAAAAUACAGGAAAGGAUGAGCCACUACGAAGAGACUGGGAGAGGGGCCAGGAGAUGGGGAGCAAGAGUGAAGAGGAGCACCACACAGAGACAUGCAUCCAUAAGCUCACAUUGACUUCUAACCAAUAUGCACUUGCCAAGGGUUGGACAAGUUCACCACAGGAAAGGGUGGAAGUAGCUACCGUUAUAGUGUGGGUUUUUUCUUGAGAACAGGAACCCUGC